CUGAUAAAGAUAAUGGAGGGAUGCUUGUAUGGUCUCCGUAUCAUAAUAUUCCAGAUGCCAAGCUGGAUGAAUAUAUAGCAAUAGCAAAGGAAAAACAUGGCUACAAUGUGGAACAGGCACGGCAGCAAACACUGCAGUUAAAUGGAUCUGCAUACAGUUGUGGUCUGGAUUCUCUACAAAAGAUUGAGCUCUUUGUUUUCAUGACAUGCUCAGCUUGUAAUGUGCACUUUUGAAAGGUUUGGCUCUCGGCAUGUUGUUCUGGCAUAAACACAAUAUUGAGAAGUCCCUUGCGGAUCUCCCUAACUUCACUCCUUUCCCUGAUGAAUGGACAGUUGAAGAUAAAGUCCUAUUUGAACAAGCAUUUAGCUUUCAUGGAAAGAGCUUUCACAGGAUCCAGCAAAUGCUUCCAGACAAGACUAUUGCAAGCCUUGUAAAAUAUUACUAUUCUUGGAAAAAAACUCGCUCUAGGACAAGUUUGAUGGAUCGUCAGGCUCGAAAACUAGCUAAUAGAAAUAAUCAAGGUGACAGUGAUGAUGAUGUAGAAGAAGCUCAUCCAAUGGAUGGAAAUGAUAGUGAUUAUGAUCCCAAAAAAGAAGCCAAAAAGGAGGUAACAGAUAGCUUAACGGGCAAUAAUGAGCAGCCUGUUCAGACCAGCAAAAUAGGUCUGGGUAGAAGAGAGUAUCAGAGCUUGCAGCAUCGCCACCAUUCUCAGCGUUCCAAAUGCCGUCCACCAAAAGGCAUGUACCUGACCCAGGAAGAUGUGAUAGCUGUUUCCUGUAGUCCCAAUGCAGCCAACACAAUUCUUAGACAGCUGGAUAUGGAACUAAUCUCAUUAAAGCGACAGGUUCAAAAUGCUAAGCAAGUAAACAGUGCACUUAAACAGAAAAUGGAAGGCGGGAUUGAAGAAUUCAAACCUCCUGAGUCUAAUCAGAAAAUCAAUGCCCGUUGGACCACGGAAGAGCAGCUUCUUGCAGUACAAGGUGUCCGAAAAUAUGGUAAAGAUUUUCAAGCUAUUGCAGAUGUAAUUGGCAACAAGACUGUUGGCCAAGUGAAGAACUUCUUUGUAAACUACAGGCGUCGGUUUAACUUAGAGGAGGUAUUGCAGGAAUGGGAAGCGGAACAAGGAACCCUGGCUUCUAAUGGUGAUGCUUCUGCUUUAGGGGAGGACACAAAAAAUACUUCUAAUGUGCCAUCAGGAAAGAGCACUGAUGAAGAAGAUGAGGCACAAAGCACUCCGGCCACUCAGUGUUUAGGCCCUUCACCUCCAGCACAGGCAUCUGCUCCAGCACCUACCGCUCCCAUGGCAACUUUAAAUCAGCCGCCCCCGUUACUUCGUCCAGCGCUUCCUGCUGCUCCUGCUCUCCAUCGUCAGCCUCCGCCACUUCAACAGCAGGCACGAUUUAUUCAGCCAAGGCCGACUCUAAAUCAGCCUCCCCCACCACUCAUCCGCCCAGCUAAUUCCAUGCCUCCUCGUCUAAACCCAAGGCCGGUGUUAACCACGGUUAGCGGCCAGCAGCCGCCCUCGCUUAUUGGAAUUCAGACAGAAUCUCAGUCCACUCUGCACUGAAGAAAUAAAGCAGAAUUAUGCUAACUCCUACAUUUGAAAAAUUGUAUCAAUGUACUUUUUUUUUUUUUCCAAAUAAUGAAGGGGAGAAAAGAGCAAGCCUUCACAAGUAUCAGACCAGUUUUACAGAGGAGCAAGCUAAUAACUCGAAACGGAAACACGUGAAUGACCACCUGUAUAAAAAUAUUUUUAUGUCAAAGACUUGUACAGCAGAACAAUGCCUACAGUACAGCCCUCCUCUAUAUAAAUUAACUGUUGAAGGAAGCUAACUUCUUAAUUGAAUAAAUGUUCAACACACCAAGAUUUUGUUUAACUGAUUUUUACUCUAUUUAUUUUAUUACAGUUCUUUGUAGUCAAGCAUCUAACUACAGGAAAGUAGUUUGGCAAAUCUAGGAAUAGAUAAUAUUGUAGGAGACUUAAAUGUAGCAUUGGGUUUUUUGUGUGUGUGUUUUUUAUUUUUUACCUUUUAGUGGAAAAAAAAAUGGCCUUAGGUUCAGAAUUUUUGGCCCUGUUUAGAUAACAGUAGAAGCAUUUCACGCACUUGUAAAAUGUAGGUGUUUCUUCUCUUCGUGUUUUUCCCAGAACAAUAUUUCUCGUUUGAAAAGAUACCAUCUUAUUAAAUACUCCCCUGAAAGAGUAUUCUGAAGACUCAAUGAGCUGUUGUACCAAACUUACUAAAUCUCCGAUGUGUUCUGCUCAUAGAAAUUAACUGAAAACAGGAGUCCAGUUUCCUGUGGCAGUAUCUCUUGUGGGUUGGGUUGGAGAGACAUAACAACUUCCACCACCCGGGGGAUGACAGGAGAGGAACCAUAUAGCAAGAAACAUUAAUUUCAUUUGUUAUUCCACUAAUUCUUCUAAUUUAAAUACAGUAGAGUUUCAUUCCUCUGAGAAUGGCUGUCUGCAGUUUGUGUAUGUUACAUCAUUGAUAUGUUGCCUGAGAAUUCAUGAGGGAAGUGUAGAGGCUGAUGGUGGUAGUAGAAUAUUGUGGCAGCAGAGUUGCUUGCUGCCAGCCCAGUCUUACUGUUAAAUGAUUAUCUCUGAUUUUUGCUAUUUCUGGCAGAGUUGAUUAGCUGGGUUGAGGUUUUUUGUUUGCUCUGAUUUAUUGACUAAGUAAAAUCUGUAUUUGGAUGUUAAUUAUUGCUUCCAAAUUUUAGGAGAUUGAAAGGUUUUCUUUCUGCUGUAUUCUUGUCUGAAAACUCGAUUUAUGCCCAGCAGUGUUUUGGGGGUAGUUUGGUUUUUUUUUUUUAGUUUCUUUUAAAAAAGUCUAUGCCUCUACCCUCCAAGUAAACCAGGCUGCAAAUUUGAGUAGCACUGUUUGUGUGAUCUGAAUCAAGCUACCAAAAAAUACUGCAUUCUUGACUAUGUAAUAACAUUCGUGUUGACUGCCAUAUUAUUUAAAUUAUUUUUGCUUAUAGCUGAAAUGGUGUUUGAAAAUCCUUUAAAAUCCAUUCUGUUACUAACUAGAUUUGCCCUUGACUAAAAUGAAACUUUUUUGAAAAUGGAAUGUACUCUUGUUAGGCUUUUUCACAGAUAAAUUGGAUGGACUAAUGAACAGUUUAGCGGCUGACUAAGGUCUCUCUUAAUGUGCAAAGGGAAGUUCUUACAUCAUCAGAUCCUGUUUAAUUUGUAAAUCUAGUAUUAAAGUCUGAUAGUUGUGGCCUGAAUUGCAGUCAAGGUGUUGACCUUUAUGGUUUAGUUCUUCAUUUAAAAAUGUUUUCAGAUCAAACUUGAGAAAUUUUCAUUUCCAAACAGCUUUCACUGGUGUGUUGAGGUCUCGUACAAAAGGUCCUUUUGCAGCCAAGUAGAUGCUUAGCCACUACGUGAGCAUCAGAUGACCUCUCAUCUAAGAAAAGCAGCAUUAAAAAAAAAAAAAAAAAAAAAAAAAAAAAAGGCAUCAGUGAAUUUGUGGUCACUGAAACUUGUGUUCUGGGAGUCCUAAGUGUCCCCUCACCAGCUACACACAAAUCUGGCUGCUCUCCAGACUUUAAAACUGAUACAAAACUGAUGUGGUACAUUUGACAUCCUAAGUAUCUCAGUUUAAUUGUCAACAGUGAUAACAUACAUCUUUAGGAUUUUUUUUUUACUUUUUUUUAGCAUUGAGUCUCCCAGGUGUGUGUAUUGUACCUUUGCUAAUUUUUGUCUUGUCUCUUGUCGAUAGACUUCAGUAUGCAGAAUGUUGGGUGUUGCAGUACAGUUGGCCACCACCAACUGCUAUAAAACUGUUCAGUACAUUGUAAUUCCGUUUAAUCUUGUUUAAAUAUUCUAUAACUGGGCAAAGGUGCUGUAUUUGAAGGGGGGAGGGAGGGUCAGAGAUAGGUAGUAUUUCUUAAUUUACAUACACUGUAGCACACAGUAGGGAACUCCUAGCAUUUGUAGUACUAAAUAAGUAUGUACAUAGCAAAAUGUCUUUAUUGUGUGCUUUGCAGAAUAUGUGCAUACAGUUUGCACGUCCUGUUUUGGGGGGUAGGGUUUGUUUUAAGCAGUGUUUGCCUGGAGAGUGAUAUGCUUGCUGCUUAAUCAAAGGAUUAAAGUUUCAAAGAAAUCUGUGUCUUCUAUUUUUAUGUACCUUGUAAUGGUCUAAUAUGUUAGGGCCCUUAUACUGUGAUUCUCUUCUAAAUUCAUUUAUAUUUUUUUAAAAAUUAGAAAUAAAAUUAUACAAUGGUGUUGAUUUCAGUGGGGAAUUUCUUUUGCCAUAUCUAGUCUCCUGUUUUGUAAUGUAGUAAUGAACUCUGACUUCAAGGUUGGCUUAAUUUUGUCACUUUAAAAAAUGUAAAAUGUUUGCACACUAAAGUUUGGCAGAGAACGUGUAUCCUACAUUGUUCAAAGCUAAUGUAACUACAGCUUUUUGUACAGUUUAUUUUAGUUAAUAAAGCAAAACGGUACUAAAAAAAUGACAGAUUUUCCAAAUGCAAGGCAUAAUGUGAACAACAUGUCUUCUAGGAACAACACUUGCAGAAUACGGCUGUACAAGAACUAUCGGAUUUAAUUGUUGCACUUUAAAUCAGAAUGGGUAUGAAGUUAAACAGGUAUUUCUGCAUUAAUAAAACAAUCACUAAACAUUGCA